CAACACUAAAUCGUUACCGUAAUCGGCAUUAAAAACGCCUUGAAUCGAGACUGAUUAAUUUUAUUUAGUAAGGUAAAUUGUAAAAUGUUCUCAAUUUUAUUUGAACCGUAGGAUUGAAAACACAGGAAAUCGGCUUGAGCAAACUCGGUCAGCUGUUGGUGUUUACAAAUGGAGACGGGAUCUCUUCAUCACAUCGAAUUCGGAGUCUCAAAUGGAGAAUCCUUCAUAAAUUCCUUUAAACAGAAAUUCGGUUUUGUGUGUGUGGCAUAUAGAUCUCGCCAAUACUGUAAACAGUGGGUGCUUAAAGCAGGAAAAGCAACAUUACUGGUGACUGAACCAGAUUCGAGAUGUCACCUUGAAAACACUUUAACAGAAAACGUGACAAAAAUAACGGCCAACGACCCAUUAUUUAACUGUUGGUGGACUUUGGAAAGUAAUAAAGAUCAUUACAAGGAUUCAGUGUUUAAUAUUGCUCUUAAAGUGACAGAUUUAAAGCAGGUUAUCAAAAAUGUAGUGAAAGGUGGUGGGGAGGUAAUUGCAUCACCUCAGAUUCUGAAAGAUGAACAUGGAACAGUAGACAUUGCUGUUGUGAAAUCUUGUGUUGGUAAUGUGUAUCAUACAUUAUUAAGUUAUAAUGACUAUUCUGGUGAUUUUCUACCAGGGUUUAGCUCACCUAGAAGCAAUCUGAUUGAAGAGAAUGUGAAUUGCAAUGGCCUUGUGACACACAUAGAUCAUAUAGCUUUCGUAUGCGAACAAGGCACAACACCCCAAAUACUUCAGUGGUACGAGAAAUGCUUUAGCAUGAAGAGGUUUUUCAUCAACAACAAUGAAGAUGAAGAGGAGGGAUUUCUGAUCAGUGACACAGGAAUAGGGAUGAGGAUGAAGGCGAUGGAAUACUGGAGAUGUUCAGAGACCGGCCUUACCUCAGGGAAAAGUCAAGACUCCAUCAGAUUUGUCCUUGUAGAGUCCCUAAAGGGCCAAGGAGCAAAUCAGGUGGACAUUUUUCUGGAGGACCACAGUGGCCCUGGGGUCCAGCAUGUGGGGCUGUAUACCCCUGAUAUCAUGACAGCCGUCUCCACCUUCAAAGAGAGUGGUGUCCAGUUUGUGGAACCACCCCCAGCAUACUACACAGAUGAUGUAAAGCUGUCAGAGAUACAGAAAGUGGGAUUCCAUGUGGAGGAUCUCAGAACUAAUGGGGUGUUACUAGAUACUGAGGCUGAUGCUGAUCAAGAGCUUGAAAACCCCUGCCAAACUGAUAGAUACCUGUUACAGAAAUUUACAAAACCAAUUUUCAGCAAAAGGACAUUUUUCCUGGAACUUAUUCAAAGAGUAGGAGCCCAGGGAUUUGGUGCAGGCAACAUCACAGCCUUGUGGAGGGCAGUCCAGGCUUACAUGACUGAAAAUGGCAGUUCUUGACAUCAAUUAAAGCAUAAGAAAAUGAAGUUUAAAACCUUUAAUACAAAGUAUUUACCUCAGAGUGCCAAUAAAUCCUGUCUCAGUUA